AUGGGGUGCCUGCAGAGCGUGGCCUGCAAGGCGCGGGUGCGCCGGGAGCAGAUCGUGGUCUCGGACGUGUCGGCCACCAUCGAGCCGGCGGCCACGGCCAUCGAGGAGAGCUCGCCGGUGGUGCUGCGGUACCGCACGCCCUACUUCCGCGCCUCCGCACGCGUGCUCAUGCCGCCCAUCGCCCGGCGCCACACCUGGGUGGUGGGCUGGAUCCAGGCCUGCAACCACAUGGAGUUCUACAACACCUACAGCGACCUCGGCGUCUCAAGCUGGGAGCUGCCCGACCUGCGAGAAGGAAGAGUAAAAGCCAUCAGCGAUUCGGAUGGGGUGAGCUACCCCUGGUAUGGAAACACCACAGAAACCGUGACCCUGGUCGGGCCCACGAACAAGAUCUCCAGGUUCUCGGUGAGCAUGAAUGACAAUUUCUACCCCAGCGUGACGUGGGCUGUCCCCGUGAGCAACAGUAACGUGCCGCUGCUGACCAGGAUUAAGAGGGACCAGAGCUUUACCACGUGGCUGGUGGCCAUGAACACCACCACCAAGGAGAAGAUCAUCUUGCAGACUAUAAAGUGGAGGAUGCGAGUGGACAUUGAGGUUGAUCCCAUGCAGCUGCUGGGGCAGCGGGCACGGCUGGUGGGAAGGACUCAGCAGGAGCAACCCCGGAUCCUCAGCAGGAUGGAGCCCAUCCCACCAAAUGCACUAGUGAAGCCCAACGCCAACGACGCCCAAGUCCUCAUGUGGAGACCCAAGCGAGGGCAGCCUAUAGUCGUGAUACCUCCCAAGUAGAGCAGUGCCAGGCACGCACGUGAGGACCUGGGUGCUCUCAGCCUGCUGCAAACGAACAGGGUUUCUGAGCCAAAGCAGACCUCUUGGGUUCUCCUGCCUUUGUCGUUGUGGUUGGAAACGUGGCUCCUCCUGAGUCAGAAAUAGAGCCUGGCUGGCACGAGGGCACAGAAGAGGGUGGGCCCGGCUGUAGGAUUUCCCAGGAAGUGGAAUUGAGUGCUUGCAGGGGCAUGUGGCUGGCACAGAGGCUUGUCUGGCCUAAAUGACUUGUCUUUCCUCGUAGGGCAGUGCAAGAAGCCAUGGGUGUGAUUGAACCGUGCCCAUGGCGAAUGCUGCUUUCCACCCAGCUGGAGGUAGAAGUGGAGACCGUGCCUGCUGGAUGCGAAGGGCU